GAAAAAAGCGGCGAGAGGAAAACAGGGCAAAACAGAGAUGCAAGCAGGGCAAAGCAGAGAGGAAAACAGGGCAAAACAGAGAGGAAAGAAACUGUAGGAAAGAAACUGUAGGAAAGAAAGAAUGCGGAAGCCGAGGGGAAGUGUUGGAAAUGUAUUUCCACGAUCAGCUAUUUAUUUCAUAAAUUAAUAAUGUUAAUGACAAUAAUAACGUAAUGGUUGUAAACCGGUACAGUUUAUAAAAUGAAACGCUGAUAGACGAAAACGAGAUAAAAAUAUAGUUUUCUUUCGUUUAAGAGGUACAAAAAUAUCUUUUAUCGACAUAUUUAUAGCUGCUUUUCCUGCGCUGCCUUCAGGCUAAAGUUGGAAUUGGCAUGAGAAAGAAUUCAGCCAGUUCUGUCUGAAUUGAAGCGAGCCUCAUAUAGAAAUCUCAUGACGAGCUCAGUUUAAGGCCGGUUGAAGCAAUUUCGCUUUACUUAAACUAUCAGUGCUCUGAAGAAAGGAUCGAAGGUCACAACUUCCAACACUCCCCUUUAAAAAACGGGACUAUGUGUCUAAGAAGCUAAUAUAUAAUAUUCUUAAAAGACGCUCGCUGAGUUGGGUCUUAAUUAUUGUUUCAAGUGCCUGUCAGAGCUGUUUAAUUUUACACAGAUCAUUAAUGCCCUUGAGAAAGACGUAAACAUCACUGAAUCCGAUUGCCCCAUCUUUUUAAAUUGUCAGUAUUUCAUUUAGUAAAAAGUGGGGAAAAAAUAAAUAAAAAAAUUCAAGUGGAAAGAGCAGACGUAAGAUAAGGUGCUCGGACGAGAACAGAGCUAGCCUCGUUUGCUUUAGUCUCGUACUUUUUAUUGAUUUAUUUUAGUUUCGCACAAGCUCAGCGUUUAUUCGCGUGAUAACUCCGACAUGGCGACAACCAGCCAACGCCAGCAGAAGAAACGGUGCAGACAUAGGAUAGCAGCUUUUAAUUUCCUCACGAACAUCUCGUUAGAUGGCACGCAUAGGGAUACUAAAUAUGCUAUGUUCAACUAUAAUAAGAAAACUUCCGAAAAGCAAGAAGAGAGCAAAGAAAACAGUGGCCGUUAUGAUGCACCAUCGCGGUCUACCACGGCGACGACGACAGCGUCAGAUCGAAAACAGCGAUCACAAAACUAUUUAUCUUCCAACUUAGAUGAGCAAACUAAUUGCGCUUACAGUAGAAAUAUUAGAAAUAGUAGCCCAGUUAAAUCUAUCAAUACGGCCGAAUUGGACGGUCAUAGGGCUGAAAUGGGCGAAGGACUUCACCGUUUUAACUCUGUCGGUUUCCAUAAACAACAGAGUCUGUGUGAAACUAGCCAGCGCGAUGGCACUUGCACUUCUGCUGUACAAGCUGCAUCCAGUGAAAAGGAAUUUCUAAGGAACAUCACACCGACCAAACGAUGGAGAAAAUAUUCCGCACCUACUAAGGUUCUACAGAGCCAUUUUCAACAUAGAAUGAGAGCAGUCCUCUCGGAUUCUACUCCUCUUCGCAGAGCCAGUUCUUAUUCUGGAGAUUCAGAGAAGUUGUUGAAGAGGAAGAUUCUAUCUUUUACUACCGAAGCCACAGCUGCCAUUCCUAGUAUGAAGGGUAUCAAAGAGAGUAUAGAGAGAUUUGUUAAUUAUGAUGAUGAUGAUGAUGGUGAUAAUAAUGACGAUGAUGAUCAUGAUGAUUUUGUUGUGUUUGUUGUGUCAGCUGAAAGAGCUUCUCGACAGUCAUACUCCCUGUCCAGUAGCUCCAGUGAAGGGGUUGUGAAAGAAUCUGGUGAAAUACACUUCAUUACUCCACAUAAAAAGAGAAUAAUUAAAGAUGAGAGAGUGUUACUUGUGAGUCAAACAAAAGUUCCUUUAGCCAUUUUUUCUGUAAUUCCCUACCACAAAUCUACACAACACGGCUCCAAAUUAGAGAUCCAUCAGGAAGAGACUCGUUUACGUCAACAUUCUGGUCAAAGGACAUCAACUUGUACCUAUGAUGGUCUGGCAAACCUUGCAAUUGAAGCUAUUGAGAAGGUUGAAGGCCAGCAAGAUGUUUCUUACAGUCGAUUUCUGGUACCAACAUCUCAACAGUCAAGUUCCUGGAAACAGAUUCAGGAAACACCACCUCUGGCUCCACCUGGUGGUGCAGUAUCAGACACAGUUUCCGGUCGCGAGAUAUUGCGUAGUAUUUCCCAUGAUUCCCAAAGAGUCAGCUGUGCACCAUUGUCUUUAGACACAGUUGUGGAGGAAGAUGAACUGAAAUAUGAACCAUACCUUUUAGAUGACCCUGAACUCCAGGCUGGCAGUUAUCGCACUCUACUGACUUUCCCAUCAUACAGAACUUCAAUCAUUGAUUAUGUGAAACCAUCAAGCUUGAAGAAAGAACUAAAUGAAAAGUUCCACAAUCGUUUUCCUUUAAUUCAGUUGACCCUCAGCAAGUUACGAAGUUUGAAGAAACAGAUGAAAAUAAUAGCACACACCAAAUGUAAUGCUGAUAUGUGGGUUGUGGCCCAAGCAUACGUCUUCUUUGAAAAACUCAUUCUAAAACAUUUCAUCAACAAACAGAAUCGAAAGUUGUGUGCUGGAGUGUGUCUUUUGCUUUCCGCCAAAUUAAAUGAUGUCAAAGGAGCUGAUGUGUCAAAGCUGAUUCAACAACUGGAAGAUGACUUUCGAAUACACAGAAAGGAACUGUUAGCAUUUGAGUUUGUGUGUCUAGUUAUGCUUCAGUUUUCUCUCCAUUCUCCAGACAUGGAAAUCUACCCACACUACCAACGUCUGCUCUAUAAUUCUUGACCCCGGCUCUCCCCAAGCAAAUACCUACUUUCCAAUGUUCCUAGCACUGGAAUGCCUGCAUUUGCUUUGGUACUUCUGUUAUUCAUUGCUAUUAUUUAUAUUCAGAACAUUUGUCUUCCUCAACCUGUGGACCAAAUGACUGAUGUUUCUUUCCCAUUCUUUCUCUUACUUAGCUUUUCUACACCAACAUUGCUUUCUUUUACCAACAUACCUCAACUAAGGAUUAAUUAGUAUUGCUAACAGCUGUUAAUUUGGUAUUUUUAAUUCCUUCAACGUCAGUCCAUUAACUUUCUCUAAAGUAUGUUUUUCUUGUUUUAUUACAAUUUGUUUACUUUUUAACAAAAAAUUUAUUGUUGAUUUUGAGGGAUUUUUUUUUGUUUUCUUUUCUUUAUUUUGUUUUGAUUUUUCACUUUUCAAAAAAGAAUUGGUUGAUUUUUUUUUAGUUUUGUUUAGGUUCUCUAAGAUUGCUUUAGAUUUUGAUAUUCAUUUUUGUAAGUUGAGAAAACAUAUUCCAGAGAUACAUUCCAUUGUCAAGUUGUGGAAUAUCUGCUGGAAUUAUUUCUCCAUUUUAAUUAAUUAACAGAGAGAAGGAAGUAAUGAACAAAAGUAAAAGAGGUGGAAAGAAACAAAAACAUUUUACCAAAUACAUUUCUAGAACUUUCUUACUGAUAAUUUUUGAUUUAAUGACUGUAUGUUCUGGAGGAGUGUAUGUCCUGGAAGGGUUGUAUAUCUUGAGGUGUGUAUGCUCGGUAGGUUUAUUACUGGAGGUGUGAUUACCUUCAUGGAGGUAUGUUUUAUGCAUGUAUAUUCUGAAGGUGUAUGCAUUGGUGGUGUGCAUUUUGCAGGUGUAUAUGUUGAAAGAUGUAUGCUUUGGAGAAAAGCUUUGUUUCGUAGAUAUUGUGUGUAUUUAUCUAUACACACACAACAGUGUGUAUAUUUUCAGCAAGUGUGUUUUCCCUUGUUUGUUAUAUUUGAAUCAACACAACAACUAACUAUCAUUAACAAAACAGUUAAUUACUUCAAUCAUCGAUCUAUUUAUUUAUAUAGCAGCCGUCUCUUACCUCUACAAAUAUCCACAUUCACUGUAACCCCAUGUCUCUGUGUAACAGGUUGGUUUUUCAUGUGGCUUGUCCAAUCUCAUUCACCCAGGUUGACCCACAAACCUUCCUUUUUUAUGUUGUCGUCUGUUUCUGGGGUGGGUUAAGGGUGGAUAAUCCAAUUUGAUUCACUCAAAUUCAUUAUGCCUGCUCUCUACAUAUAUAUAUAUAUAUGAUAAUGUUGUUUUUUUGUGUAAUUGGAGUGAAUUAAGAGUGAAAGGGUUCAGUGCUCAUUCAUUGCCUUUCUUUACAUUUGCAUGACAUCAUCUAUAAUCUCACAACUAACAUGUUCCAAGGGAGAACUCAGCAAAAUGGUCAGCAUUGUUUUUUGUUUGGUUUCUUUUCUUUGAAUAACUCAGUUAUUUUGCAAGGAAAUAACUGAGUUAUUCCACAAACUUUCUCCUCCUUAUUGAAAUUUUAUGACUUUAAUGACCCAACGAAUGAAGCUUCAAUAAGGUAGAGGUGAGGGUCGGUAGGAUGUUGAAGCAUUUUGUUGUAUGUCCAGACUGUUUCUGCUUUAUUAUUGCAAAUGGUAAUGUUAAUAAUUUUUUUGACAAAAAAAACAACCCUCUGCUUUAAUUAAUAUUGUGAUUGCCAUUAUUGUUUAUCUUCAAUUAACAUUGAGAAAAAUAAAAACAAUCCAAUAUUCAAAACAAGAAUAUGAAAUGAGAUACAAUUCAACAUGGCUGCUGUUGCUACUUUUCUGAAUCUGUCUUGUCAACAUGUUUGUGUUGUUGUGUUGUUUUUUAGCCAACUAUUUACUGUGAUAUUUUCUCUCUUCCUCUGUCCAAACUGACUUCCCUUCACAUCUUCACACCACAUUUCUUCUGUCCGUCAUUUCAAUAUUGUGUCUCUCAGUAGAUUUUUAAAUCAUUUUGUGAAAGUUUGGUUUAUGCUUAAUAUUUUUUUUUUUAAACUUUUGUCUUUAAUUGUGAUUCCACAUUAUUUCCUAUUCUGAUAUUCAACAGGGAGGAAUAAAAAUUAUACUAAACUCCUUUUUUUAUAUGAUUUUUAAAUCCCAGUUUUUCUUUGUAAUUUCAGUAGUAAAUAAAACAUUUCAUCUGUUAACAUUAUAUACAUACAUACAUAUAUAUAUGAGUGUAUAUAUACAUACAUACACUAUUUAACCACCCCUAUACAUAUAUUUAUACAGACUAUAUUAUAUUGACAAACAACAUUAUAUUCCUAUACACUAAAGUUUAUGUUUACAGCAAUUAGGUUUCUCAAGUUGUCAUCCACCUAGGUAUAAAAAUAGGAACUAAUAUUGCUCUAACUUUAGUGAUCAGAUACAAACUGGUACUUUCAGGAUGAUAUGAUCAUUUUUAGUUUUGAGUUUAUAUGUAUGUAGUAUGUGCAUAUAUGAUGGACUCUCAUGUUGUUAGACAACAUAUAGGGGGGGUUCAAAAAUUUCUUACCAAACAACCGCACAGAUGAUUUGUUUGUAGUGAUCAAAUGUUUGUGUAGACAUAAGCUCACUCCCUCCAUCAGAUCGACAUUACCUGUACAUGUGCAAGUGGGUGCCACAUGUCAGAUGUCGAAAUGAAGCACUUUGCUAAAGAACACAACACAACGCCUGGUCUGGGAAUCGAACCCACAAUCUCGCAGUCAUGAGUGCAGCACUUUGACCACCAAGCCAUGCGCCUUCACAUUUGUGCAUAUAUAUAUCUCACUAUCAUCAGAUGUUGUUAUACAUCACUGGUCACAAUGCGCUUUGCAUUGCUUUUAGCUUUCAAAUGAUGCCACCUUGCUGGUUAGGCGAACAGGCCAACAUUCCUCCCAAUAGGAAAACUGUUCCAUCACAGGGUUGACCAUUUACAGUUGAGUAGACUGGACCAAUGGAAAUGAAAUGUUUUGCUCAAGAACACAAUGUGUCGCCAACUCCAGGAAUUGAAACCACAAUCUAGUAAUCAUGAAUGCAACAUCCUAACCACUAGGCCACACACCUUCAUAUAUAUAUAUAUAUAUAUAUAGACACAAAAAUAAACAUACACACACACAUUAUAUAUAUAUACAUACACAUGUAUAUGUGUGUGUGUGCAUGCUCACUUAUGUGUGAGUGUGUGUGUAUACACAUUCACAUGCAUGCGUGUGUAUGUAUGUACACAUACUUUAUUUUAUACAUGUGUAUACUAUUCACUCAUUUAUGAAAAUAACACAUUUAAACAACAUCCAAACUGAACUAAUGUCUCAACAAGACAAGUCCACAGAGUCAGUAUUUCAUUUCUGAAUGUUUUUUUGUUUUUUUUAAUGGAAACUAAAAUUAUCAGCCAUUAUGAAUUUUUUACCAAAGACUCAAAGAUCAUUCUAGAUGCAAUCUCAACCAAAGAUGGAAUCACAUUUACCAUUUUGUUUGUCUUUGUCUCUCCAAUCUGCUCAUGUGAAUGUAAAGUAUUUGACUGUCGGGGGGGGGGGGAUAAUGUGUGUGUCAGUGUAAGAGAGAGAGAGAGAAAUAGUAAGAAUGUGUGUGUGUGUGUUAAAAUAUAGCAUUCUGAGAGUCAAUUGAGGUAGUUUUUUUUUUGUACUGUGUAGUUGUUGCUUUAUUUUGAAUCAUGUCUUCUGAAUUCUAAAUCCUUUUCAUCUUCAAUCAUUGAUUUUUGACCUUAUUAUUAUUAAGAAACCAUUAUUAUUUAAUCAUUUUCUACUACAGAUCAUCUACACAUCUAAUUUUUUUUUUUAACUUGCCAUUAAAAUUUCAUGUAAUGAUUUUACAAUGUACAAUUAUAUACAUCCAGUUGCAACAGAUGUUGCUACAUAUAUAUAACACAUACAAUUGAAAAUUUUUAAUACAAAAAGUCUUUCAAAUUUUUUCUAUGAAACUUUCAAAUUUAAUUCAGCAGUAAAUCACAGAGUUACCACUUUAGAAUUAAUUGAACUGUGCUCUUAAUUAAAUUUUGUUUAUCGUUAACUAUAAAUAAAUGGCUUUUAUUUAAAAAAGUCUUGCAUUCUUAAUUUCAAAUUCUUCAGAAUUAGUAAAGCAGUUUAAUGGAAGAUUAAUCAUGUGUAGAGUUUAAAUAUUCCAUUGUUUCUUCUGUUCUGUGCCAUUUUUUAAAAAAUAAUUUCUAUUGACCAAAACUAACUCAAAACUGUUCAGAAGUUGUUUCCCAAUCAAUCAAGGUAUUUUGGUAUCUGGAAUAGUAACAGAGUAUUUACUACAUAAUUAAGACUACAUUUUUUAAAGAUAUUAAACCAACUAAUUAAAUGUAAUUUCAACAGUUAUUUAUACAUUGUCUUUGGAAAACAAUUCAUUUUUGAUAUGUUUGAUUUCUAGAAAUGAUGAAGAAUUAUUUGCUCCAAUGUUUUUUCUAAUUAAUUUGAUGCAGUUAAAGGAACAAACUUGCCAGAUAUUGAGAUUCCAAUACCUUUCUUUAAGUCUUUAAAUGUGGGCUGAAGCCACAGUAAAGAUUACAGGCGGGAUUACUUAUUUCUAUCUCUCUCUCUUGCACACACACACACACAUAUAUAUAUAUAUAUAUAUAUAUAUAUAUAUAUCUC